GUGAAAACCAACACCGAGAACCUGUGAGAUUCCUCGUUAUUCUUGUCUAUGUGUAAACAUUUAUUAGAGUCAGAAAGAAGAAGUUCACAAUCCAUGAGUCUUGUGUCAAAAUGAGUAAAUACAGCAUGACAGACAGAGUAGAGCUCUCCGAGGCUCUGCGGAGCAUCUUAGAUGAUUCUGACAAUGAUGAGAAGGAGAACAUCAACAUGGCCAGCAUGCUUUCACCAUCACCAAAGAUUACAUCACCACUCCCACAUGUACGAUCCUACGCCAGCACACCCAUCAUGAAGAAGAACAGCGCAUCUGGGCGGCCAAAAUCUGUUCUUACGCCAUCCAGAACACAAAAUAUUAACAACAAUGUUGAGAAACGGAGGUCAGUUGGGUUUGAGAUUGUCCAAUCCCCGCCGAAGAAGCGUCGCCAUGCCAACCAAGUCAUCAUUCUGCGGCAGCCGAGGAGACAUCACAGACAGUCGAAACCAAGCCCCAAACCAUCGACAAGUACUAUCGCACAAACAAACACUGGUGGCAGAUCGGAUUUGAGUUUGGACAGGUCCAAAACGCAGGGAAUAAAAAGAGAGUUUACUGUGGAAUUAGAAACAGGCACAGCAACAUCUCCACCUGAGCAAGAAGAAGUCGAUUUAACUAAAACACCUUUCUCGUCUCCAAUCAUGCAGCCCCCUCCUGCAUCUAGAAAUGUCAUGCUCACCACACCCCCGAGAUUAUCUGCCUUCGCUACACCGAGCUCAUCUGAGAAGUGUCUUGAAGCGGCGAUAGAGUCCCAGAUUAAAAUGGAACUAACAGAGGAGGAGAUUGAGUCCGGCCUCCCGAUGCUCGACGGACUUGACCCAACAGCGUCACCACUCUGUCACUUCACAGACAGCAACCAACGGCAACUGUAUUCUGAACUAUCGACGUUGGAGGAUGAAAAUGGGGUCGCCGCGUGGCCAUCCAAUCAAGAGGAGGCUCUCCAGAUAGCAGCCAAUCAGCAGCUGAUACAACUGGGAGGGAAACUGUUUUAUAGCAACGGGGAGCAGUUCUUGCAAGGGGUCUUUCCAAACGGGAGAUGGAUAACACGAGGGACAAGUGCAGAUGAUAGCCUUACCAACAUCACAUGGCUGAAGAGAAUGUCGGCUCCGGACCUCGACCCUAACUCUCUCCAAUCCACUCAGAUGGCCGAUCCGAGGUACGAGCGUCCGCCCUAUUCGUACAGCACACUGAUCCAGUUUGCAAUCAGUAGCUCACGUGUCGGUAAGAUGACGCUGCGAGAAAUCUACGCCUGGAUAGAAGAGACCUUCCCAUACUUCAAAUCAGCAAAGGCGGGUUGGAGGAAUUCCAUCCGACACAAUCUGUCGCUCCACAAGAUCUUCAUCAGGGAGCCACCGAUUAACCACGGCCAGCCGGCGUUCUGGACCCUCCGAUCCGGAACCGUUGUCCGCCUCCCCGAACAAAGGAUGUACGUCGCUGACCUGGAGCAUGGAGGCACCCUGCUGCAGGAGAUCGCCCCGCCCCCGUCGAUGAUGCAACCCAAUGUGAUGAUGGGUCCUCAUCCAGCUACUCAAUCUCAGCAGGGUGGGUUCUUUCAGGGCGGGGCCAUGCCACAGAUUGUGAUGGUCCCGCCCCCAGGUGGUGUGGUCGGCAACAAUGAAGGGACCAAAAUGAAAGCAUCUUCAGCCUUUGCAUCCAAGGCAAAGAAACCACCACUGAUCCUUCCCAGGGGAAGCCAGCCCUACGCUUUGGUCCCCGUCCCCCUACUACUUCCCCCUGGCCAAACCUCAGGGGAUCGACCGACAAACCUCCCGCACAUUCUCUCCCCGGUUAUCAUGGGCGGAGUCCGACGUUUCGCACCGCCACGACAAAUGGUCGGGGGACGCAAGGUGGUCCCGAUCGCUCCAAAGAUUAACCCGAACGACGUCUCGUCAGUGCCUAUGAUGAACCACAGCGGCCAUCUAUCCAUGAGUAACACCAGCUCGGGGUCCGACUCAGGAAUAGAUCUCAGCAAUCAGAGCUUGACACCCGGUCUAGGAUCAACGUCCGGGCACACCAGUUUCGCUAAGACCGAGUCCACCCCGAACAGGGAGCUACCGUUCUCAAAGAAGAAAGGCCAGAAGAGGAAAUCCAUGCCCAAGAUUUGGGAGGACAUUGAAGAGACGGAAGCAGAGGAUUCUUUCACGGCCUUCUUUGAACAGGAGCUCUGCUCUUCGCCCAAACAAGAGCCUCGUCCCAAGGGCAUGCCUGUCGUCUCGACACCCUGCAAGUCGGCCGAUCUUCAGACCUGGCUCUCACCCCUGCGCAGCUUCACACCAUUUAAGAACUCCCCUCUCGACGGCGACAGUGCUAUCUUCCAGGACCUGCAGGACGACCUUUCCCUGAACUCGAUCCAGACCGGUCUGACCCCAAACUUCAAAGGUCGUCUACGAGGGGGAAGUGCAACGAGAGGUCCGAGGUCAAAUCUGGGGUCUCUCGGGGACUUUGGUUUACCUGGACUGACCCCAGAGAAAAAUCCGAACAGUGAGGGUGACCACAACCAGAGUUUUGGUCAUAUAUUUGGUGAUCUGAACGUCAGCUUGGAUAUGGGAAAUCAAGGGCUGGACAUUGGAGAGUUGAACUGGUCAGUCUUCUCCCCCAACAAGCAGCAAGUUACAUGAGUUGUCAAAUUCUUUGAACGUGUUUUCACGCAUUUCCCUUUUAACUUGCCAUGUUUUGAAUACAAUUUAAAUGGCCCACCUUGAGAGCAGUAUUUUGUAUUCAUGAUGACCAUUCAUUGCACGGAAUUUCUUGUUUUGUAAGCAGCAUUUUAGGGGAGUUAAAUGGCAAUAAGUCAUUUGCAAAUUACUUGGAUUUGAAUUUUUGGUACAUAGACUUGCUUAGUCACAAUGACAAGUACCACACGGUCUUCAUGUACCAGUGCCAAAUUUCAUGGAGUAAGCACCAAAAGUAGCAAAGCAUAACAAAAUUAUGCUUACCAGAAUAAGGUUACCAGCAAAAAUAUUAUGUCAAGUGUAUUACAAACAUGUACCCAUGCUUAGCAAAAUGGCAUUUGUGACUGGUAUCCUGCAGUGCUCAUUUCUGCUAUGUACUAAGCAGGAAAUCACUAAGCAAUACUUUCUGUUUUGAAAAGUGCAAGCUCUAUGAAAUUGGGCCCAGAAUAAGGUUACCAGCUAAAAUACCAUGUCACGUGUAUCAUCAAUGGCAUUUGUGACUGGUAUCCUGCAGUGCUUUUUUCUGCUAUGUGCUAAGCAGGAAAUCACUAAGCAAUAUACUUCUGUUUUGAAAAGCAGCUCUAUGAAAUUGGGCCCGUGUCAAUAUGAGAAAGUAUUAAUUGAAUCUAUUGACAGACCAACAAGAAUGCAACUUGACCCAUGAUUUGUGUCAAUGUUGAAAGAUAUCAGUGAUUUGAAUAGUAGCGGUAAAUGGUUACAUGAUAAAGGGGUGAAAAAUGUAAUUUUGUAAAUUUUUUACGAGUUUGUGUGCUUUGUAAUUAAUCUUGGUAUAGGGCCUUCUCGUCAAAUUUUAAUGAUCUUUUUAUUUUUGGAAUUUUAUUUAUGAUUGGUGAGAGAUUUAGGUGGCCUAACAUGUUGGCCAAUGUAGGCCAGAAAUUUUCCAGAAAACAUGAGAGGAUAGGCCUACGAUAUCCUGUCAUGUUUUUAUACUGGAAAAUUUCCUUUGGUUGUUAUGCUAAAACUUAAUGAGCAUAAAACUUACUUGCAGCUGUUGAUUUUAAAUGAUGUAACAAUUUUGAGAAACAAUUCCCUUCAAAGGGAUGUGGUUUUAGAGAGCAACACAAAAAAAUAUUCCAAUCUGUAUAACAGUUGAUCGGAUUGUGUAGUAAACAUUGGGUUUAUGCGUAGAAUGAGGUGCAAUUUGGUCUAGCUAGGAAAUUAAACAGUUAGAACUCAACAGUUAGCGCUUGCGCAAUGGGGGUAUUUGCGAAAAGGUUUACAUGUAUUAAUGUACCCAUUUAGUCACUCAUGCCCUCAUAUGGUAAAAACAACUCUUAUUUGAAAUUGCUCCCCGUCGUCGGGUUCGAUACGAGUAUUCGCCAAGAAAGAUACAAAAUACCAUAAUAAUGUUUGGAUCAUAACCCGAUGGGAAUAUAAUAGUAAUACAGUAGUUUUAAGGUCUUAAAAUCAAUUCAUAAGCCUGGGCCAAAUUUCAUAUUGCUUAAAAAUGUUGUGCUAAGCAUCAAUAAGCAAGAUACCAGUCUCAGAUGCUACAUGUGAAAUGGUGUUUUAGCUGAUAACCUUUUUCUGGUAUAGCAUAUCUUUGCUUUUCUUAGCUUGUGUGCUUUCAAGGAGCUCUUUGAAUUGGGGCCCACGGGUGGAUUUCAUAAAGAGUUAAGACUAGUCUAGUCUUAUCUCGA